AAAAAACAAUGACAAAGGCAUAAGAAAGAUGGUCAUCUAUGACUUGUAAUCUUUUAAAAGUAAAUUUAAACAAAUUACCUGGUUCAAGUGAUGUUUGUAAGGAUAAAAAAACAAUUAUUUUAUUUAAUCAUAAAACAUGGAGUGAUUUUUUCGUACACGAUAAAAUUUUAGACUAUUCAGCUAAUUUUUUAUCAAGAUAUAUGGUUGCAUUAGUUAUGCCAUUCGCAUUAUUUAUUUCACCUUUAAUGAAAAGCUUAUGGUUUUUCAAUAGAGGAAACGGUGGAAAACGAGAUUUUGAAAAGUUUUAUUAAUGGAUAGAUUAUAAAUGGAAUAAAUCUAAAAGAAACAAUUUGCUAGUUUAUCCAGAAGGACACCGUAUGUUUAAUUCAGUUAAACCUGGUAUUUUAAAAAAAGGAAUGUUAAGAUUUGCUUUUGAUAAAUAACUUCCUGUUUAAAUAGCAAUAAGUAUGGGAAAUGAAAAUUUAAUAAAUGAAAAAAAAUUCAUUAUUACUAGAGGGUCUACUAUAAGUUAUUUUAUUGACAAAUUAAUAUUUUCAAAAGAUUAUAAAGAUUUUGAUUCAUUUUUUUAGCAUGUUGACAAACGCUUUAGUGAAUUAUUUUUUUAAGUUUAUAAAAUACAUUAUAAUAAAGAAAUAUCUGAUAAUGGUGAUAUAUAAGAUAAAAAACAAAAUUGA